UGGCGGGUGUUAAUUUAGAACCCUGCUAAUAAUUAGGCUACUACCAAAUGAUGUGUUGUCUACAAGUAGGCUACUUCCAUUUUUACUAUUGAGGAACUAGGGUGCUGCAUCUUAUUACUCAUCAAUAAAAAGGAAGUGUUUAGUGUUUAAGGCAGUUCAACGUAAUAACAUUGUGUUCGAAAGAAAAACAUGAGCUUGUUUAAUUUAAUGUUUUGUGGUUUAGUAAAUUUGACAAACCCUUUUCCUCCCCUACCCCCCACCCCCAUAUAGCCUACUCUUUUUCAUAUACUUUUUAUAUGCAGUGAAUUUAGGCCUACAAAGGUCGGCGAAGGACCAUAAAUGUCAGCUGACUAUGUUAGCCAAUCAGCUCCACAGAUCGGUUACUGACACUCGUCAGUCUUCUGUUGAAGAAGGGAGAUUUGCGAGCCCCUGUCACAGCUAUGGCCAGUUUGGCAUGGGGAAGGCAGGCAUCAGGCCAAGAGUUCUUUAAGAAACACAAGGGGGAGCUAGAGAUGCGUCUUCAUGUCCUUGAUCCUAUCCUAAACCACCUGGAGUGUGGCGGGGUUCUCUCUUGCCCGGAGAGGGAGGAAGUGAAAAGCAACACAACCCGCCUAAAAAAGAACUUUGCCCUCAUAACCAUGCUGGAGAAGAAAGGAGGCGUGGCCCAAGAGAAGUUUUAUGAGGCUCUUAAGAAGCAUAACCCUCUUCUGCUGGAGGAUCUUCAGCCUGAGCCACAGCAAAGAGGAAAUAUUCCUCCUCCUGGGCAGAUCCAGUUCACUUCAGUGCAGCCAGACUCUGUGUCCUUAAGCUGGUCACCACCAGAGGGCGCUCCUGGACCCCACAGGUUCAGAGUGACCUGGAGAGGUGGUGAAAAGCAGCACAGCAUGGUAGUGGCAAGUUUGGGUCUAAUGGUGACAGAACUGAUUCCAGGAGAGAAGUAUGACUUUGCUGUGACCACCCUCAGGGAAGAUGGCUAUCAGAGCUCAUGUGUGGAGAGGUUUGUUCACACAGAGGUUCCUCCACCAGAGAAUCUCACUGUGGAUUUGAACUCAUUGACGGCCUCUCUGAAGUGGACCAAACCCGCCGGAGUGGACCAGGUGUCUUACCUGCUGGAGCUUCAGAAUCAGAAAUGCAUAGAACCCGUCCACAGAGGUUCCCCCAAUUAUACCUUCACUGGCCUACAACCUGGAGGAGAUUACACCAUCAGUGUGUACACUGUGCUGAACAAUGGCCGCCAAAGCAAACCAAGCAGCCAAAUCUUUAAAAUAGAGAUUCCAGUCCCAGAGCGUCUGGAUGUGAGCUCCAUCACUACAUCAUCUGCUAACCUCAGAUGGGAGGUGUCUCCUGAGAUGAAGCAGACUCCACACAGCUUCCUGGUCUCUUACCAGAGUGAGGGGACUGAGCCACAGUCCAUGUUUACUGAGUCAUGCAGCACAGACAUCACAGGCCUGGAAGAAGAAAUGGACUACACUGUUAGAGUCUACACUCAGCUCCAACAUGGAGUCAAGAGCCAGCCUGCUUCUGUUCACUUAAAGACAGGUCCAUCUCUGAGAAUCGUGUUGGUUGGAAAGACUGGAGUGGGAAAGAGUGCUGUUGGCAACACUAUCCUGGGGAGAGAAGCAUUCCACUCAUAUAACUCAGUCACACAAGUAUGUGAAGGAGUGUGUAUGGGCAGUCUGAGACCAGUUAAAGUGAUUGGUACGCCUGGUAUUUUACACAAAGACAGAGAUGCAGAUAAUGUCAAAGUGAAAUGUAUGAAGUACUCCACUCCAGGACCCCAUGUAUUCCUGCUGGUGAUUGCAGUGGGGACGUUUAGUAGGAAUGAACAGAAGGCAGUCAGAACCCUACAGGAGCUCUUUGGGAAAAGAGCUGCAAAGUACACAAUGAUCCUGUUCAGUCACGGUGAUAAACUGCAUGGUCAGACUAUUGAUAAAUAUGUGCACUCUGCCCACCCCAAACUAAGGGAAGUGAUAAAGAGCUGUGAUGGAGGAUACCAUGUGUUCAACAACAACAGCAAUGACCACACACAAGUUGUGGAGCUGAUGAAGAAAAUAGAUGAGAUGGUGAAGAGAAAUGGGGGCGGUCACUUCACUGAGGAGAUGUACGAAGAGAGACAAAGAGUCAUGCGAGCCACAAUGGUGUCCAUUCGGAAGAAGCUACUCACUGUUGGCGAUGUUGGAUGUGGGACAAGAUGUUUGCGUAUAACUUUCGUUGAAGACAAGUUUCCUGAAAUAUAUGUCCCCCGUGUAUUGGAAAAUUAUAUUGCUAACAUUGAAGUUGAUGGGAAAGAGGUGGAGCUUAAUCUGUGGAACACAGCAGGCCAGCAGGAGUAUCCCAGACUGCGGCCCUUGUCUUACCCUGAUACAGACGUCAUACUCCUGUGCUUUGCCAUAGAUAAGCCAAGCAGUUUGGAGAGCAUUUCAAAGAAGUGGGCUCCGGAGCUCAAACACUACUGUCCGAAUGCUCCCAUCAUUCUGGUGGGCAACAAGAAGGAUCUGCGCAAUGAUGAGCAUGCACGUCGGGAACUAGCGAAGAGGAACCAGGAACCUGUUAAACAAGAGGAGGGUUGGGACAUGGCCAUUCGCAUCGAUGCCUUUGGCUACAUGGAGUGCUCAGCGAAGACGAUGGAGGGCGUCAGGGAGGUGUUUGAAUUGGCCGCUAGGGCAGCGCUACAAGCCGAGAAUCAAAGCGCCUGCCUCUUGUCAUAGAGGCAGAGAGGAUGCUGGGAAAGGGAGGGGAGGUGACGUAAACCAGGCCAACCAACAAAACAGAGGAGUGGGUAUUAGAAAGGGGGGAGCAACGCAUCCCCUGCUAAGUAGGGGGAUGAGGAUGGAGAUGGAGACAUCAAACCAGGCCAAAGGCUGACCUUGAGCUUAUUAGAUCCUCCAUCUGGUCACUCAGUGAUGCCACUGGUUAAAUUGAUCAAACAAGCAAUUUUGGUUUAUUUAUCACAUACUGACCCCACAUCACAUCACCCACAUCACAUACAGACCCCACAUAUGUACGCUGCACUGCAUGGAGGCACCACUACAAUGAUAAAAAAAACAUAUCAUAGGGAGGUUAGGGCUGUCAUCAUCAUAACACAAAGCAGUGGUUUAUAAGUAAGUAUAAGUGUUAGUAAGAGGAGCAGGGGAAACAGUUUCUAGUAUAAUAUGAUUAAUAAUCCCUAAAGACACAUCUGCAUUUUAGAGAGGUUAUAGAGAGCACUGCAGAACAUAAUAAGGGACAGAGCCAUCAUCCUCUUCACACAUGGGGAUUAUCUGAAACACCAACCUGUUGAUGAAUAUGUCAACAACACCACUCUUUACCUCCAACAGCUCAGCUGUGGGGUAUACUACGAAGCACGUUAGACAUAUCUAGGCUAUCUAGACAUAUUGAGGCUUCACAAAGCCUUGA